AUGAAUCUAUAUCAAGCUCAGACGUCUCCAGCCAGACCGUCACGUCCAAGUAAUCCCUCAAUCUCUGGUUCUGCUUCUUCUUCUUCGACUAUUACCAAUUUCCCAAAUCUUCCCGUAAACAAACAAAAACCAUUUUCACAGACCAACAAAAAGACCUUGUUUCAGCAUUGCCUCAAAGAUAUUGCCGUCCCCCGAGCCUUGCAGGAAGGUAUUCAAGUUCUCAGGGUGUUUGCCAAUGGAAAAACGACGCAAAUGACCAUGAAACUGAGCGAUGACAAGUUUACCUUGUUUUUAAAUCACGGGAUUCCUGGAAACAAUAAGUCAACGUCACAAAGCAAACGAUGGUUGCCCUUUAGUUCUAAGAAUGGGAGUGAUUUGGACCGAGUGAUUGAUGUGGGGGGUAUUUCAGAAAUUCAAAGGGGACAUUCGCGUCGGAACUUUCAAUUGGCAAGAACAAAGGCAGAUUCCAUUAGAUCCCUCAUGAGUAACAUCAGUCUGGAAAAUUCCACGGUCGCGUCACAACAAACUAUGGAUGUCUUGGAUCCUUCCUUGUGCUUUUCCAUUUUGUUUCGGGGUGCGUGGACGUUGGAUCUCAUGAUGCCAUCCUCGUCCACUUCCAUUAGUAGGGAUGAAGUUCUCAAUGCCUUGGAUCAAAUUGUCUAUACCUAUCAAAGUGCCAGAGUUAUGGUCUCCAAUGAUGUUUUACUAUUACGGUAUGUUUGGAGGGAAGCCGAAAAGGAAACUACGGGGAGGGCGGCGUCCAAUGAAUUGCAAAAGAUUCUCAGACGAAUCAACUAUCACAUUCCAUCUUCCAAGAAAUUUAGCGACUCGUAUGACAAGUUUGGAAAGAUGAUUCAUUUGGACCGGAAAAUGAGAAAGCAAGGACUGACCUUUGAACAAACGGCUAGCUUUUUGCACAAGCUCAAGCGAGAUUCGUGGUUGGCCAAGCCCACGACGCGGUACUGGAAUCGAUUGUUUGGAGAUCAAAUGAAGAAUGGAAAAGCCAGAACGAAUGUCAGUGCCCAAACCUUUCUGACCAAGUUCCUGCAUGAAUUUCAGGGGGAAGAAAAUGCCACUUUGGAAGAGGUCCAACGAUUGUUCCUACACUUGAAUGCACUUCAGCUGCCACGGUCGGGGGAAUCCAUUGAUAUACCUGCAGAUCCUUCUUCCAGGAUUGAUAAGGUUCGAUUUGAAGCCUAUCUGAAUAGUGAAGAAAAUGAUGCCUUUGAUCCAUUGCGGGAAAAGUACCACAAGGACUUCAUGCGACACCCCAUUUCGGAAUACUGGAUUAAUUCGAGCCACAAUACCUAUUUGACAGGUGAUCAAAUCACGUCGGCUUCCAGUGUGGACAUGUACUCGAAUGCUCUGUACCGAGGAUGCCGUUGUUUGGAGCUUGAUAUAUGGGAUGGUGAAAUUGUGGAUAUGCAGCCAUGCCCAGUUGUUUGGCACGGCCAUACGAUGACAAGCAAGAUCUUGUUUAAGGACAUCAUUCGAGCAAUCAAGCUGUUUUUGAAUUUCCACCCGGACACCUUUCCCCUCGUCUUGAGUUUUGAGAAUCAUUGCUCCAUUCCGUACCAAGAAGUCAUGGCCCAACAGCUUGUGCGUAUUCUAGGAAGCUCUUUGUACAUUCCCUCUGAGACAUCUUUGCAAGGAAGUCUACCUUCGCCAAUGGAUCUCAAGGGGAUGGUCGUCAUCAAGGGAAGGCGUCCCACAGACUUGAAUUUGGAUGAUGCGGAAGAUUAUGAAGACGAUGUUUCAGAUGACGGAGCGCCAUCUACGGUCUUUGGUUCCGAAUUCGGAGAUGCAGAGCAAGCGGCAAAUCGAAAAAAGAAUACAACUGGCAAGAUUUCUCCGUCGCUAGCAAGGUUGACUCUGUUUCAUGGAAACAAGCUGCGUAGCUGGGAAUCGAGUAUCUUGAAUCCGACUCAUUACAUGCAUUCAUUUUCCGAGAACAAAGUACGUUCCCUUGCCCGGAAAACGGAUCGAAGAACAUGGACUGUCUACAAUGAAACACACAUGUCAAGAACCUAUCCUGCGGGGUCACGGGUGGAUUCUAGCAACUACCUGCCGAUUCUUCCAUGGUCGCUAGGGUGUCAGAUGGUAUCACUAAACUUUCAAACUAACGACGUGGCGCUGAAGUUAAACGAUGGUCGCUUUCGUGAAAAUGGCAGUUGCGGAUACGUCCCAAAACCGGCAAACUUGCUGGAAAUGCACGACAAAGUAGAAACCAAUGACCCAAACAAACUGAAGGUUUCAAUUCGGAUUUUGAGCGGAGCUUGCAUACCAAAGCCAAACGAAGACAAGACAGGAGAAGUGAUCAAUCCUUACGUCAAGGUUUCGAUGUACGACAUUAAGAAUGGGGAGAAGGCAGGAUUCCAGUCGUUCGAUACAGGGGUAUGCAACAAUAACGGGUUCAAUCCUAUCUUCACUUCGGAUAAGUUUUCGUUCCGAGUGGACAAUCCAGCUGUUGCGAUGUUAUAUCUGGCGAUUUACGACAAGGAAAGUACUCCCGCGAAGACAGAUGCGCUUGUGGCAUCUGCGUCCAUCCCGGUCUCAGUUUUGCGCAAGGGGCUUCGAUCUGUGAAACUAUUUGACAAUGCAAACACCAGAUCCGGUGCCAUUGGUUUCGCCUCGCUAUUGAUUGAGGUGAAGAAAACUAUUGGCGUUGUAAACGACGCAGAUGACUUUAUUGCACAGCAAGCGACACGGGCGAAAAAGGUUGCCAUUAUGGCCGAGUUCUAA